UUUCCUUGAAAUAUUAUUUGGAGCUCCAAGAAUAUUCAAAAAUCUUAUUAAGCGCAGCCUAAUCUGCUUAAUUCUCACAUAUAGCUUCAGUUUCAGAGUAUUUGAGAUGAGAAUUUUGACUGCUUCUCUGUUGGUUCCAUCUAAGCUAAAUCCUGAAAAGCUUAACUCUAAUUAUUUUUACAGAACCAGAAAGAGGUCCAAGAAGAAUAAUUCCAUAGUCCCUGUGGCAAGGUUAGUUGAACCAGCUAUAUUUGAAGCAUCAAAGCUAACGGUUCUUUUCUCAGGAGUUGAUGAGGAAAAUCAUCCAGGAAAAGUUCCAAGAACAUAUACAUUUACUCAUUGUGAUCUUACUUCUAAACUUACUUUGACCAUCUCCCAAACCAUCAAUAACUCUCAGUUAAAAGGAUGGCACCAUAGACUACACAGAGAUGAAGUGGUAGCAGAAUGGAAGAAAGUUAAAGGGAAGAUGUCACUUCAUGUCUAUUGUCACAUUAGUGGAGGCCAUUUCUUGUUAGACAUAUGUGCUAGGCUCAGAUAUUAUAUCUUCUGCAAAGAACUGCCUGUGGUUCUAAAGGCUUUUGUUUAUGGAGAUGGGAAUCUGCUACAAAAUUACACAGAGUUGGAAAAAGCUCCAGUUUGGAUUUAUUUCAAUUCAAACAUUCAAGAAUUCAACAAAAUAGAGUGCUUGGGUCCACUCAAAGAAGCAGCUUCUUCUUCUUCUUCUUCUUCUAGUAGAGAGAUACAUGGGCCCCCAGAGCCUUGUCAAGAGUCUUGCACAUGUUGCUUCCCCCAAAGGAGCUUGAUCCAUGGGCCUACUUCAAUUUCUGAUGUCUAUAGGCCUGAUGGUAGGCCCAAUGAGAUAAAUGGGCCUAUCCACCAAGGCAUGUAAUAACGGCAAAGUUAAAAAGAGAGAUGCUUCUGUUUGUAUACGUGGUAAACAUGGAAAAAAUCAGAAAUAGCUAAAUUUACAAGUAGUAAUUAAAAAAUAACUACAGUUUCAAAACUCAAUAAA